AUGGUUAUUGAGGCAAAAAGCUCUAACAAAGGUGGAGGGGCUAGGGGUGGAAAGCCCCGACAACAACCGAAAGUAAAUCGACCAUCGCCAAUUUCGAGUAUAUCCAAAAUUGGUUCGUUGAAUAGGUUCCCUGAUAAGGAAUAUGCUAAUGAUUUGCUUCACCAAGUUGCCAAACUUACCGCUCCUUUGAUCCACGAACGUGGAUUCAAAGUUGGGACGUUGUGCGAAAUGUAUCCAAAAAGCGGAAAUUUGUUGGGUUUAAAUGUUAAUGGAGGACAGAAGAUUUUACUUAGGUUACGGUAUCAUUCUAAUAGUAGGCUGUUCUUACCAAUGGGCGACUUGAUAGGAACCUUUUUGCAUGAGUUGACCCAUAAUUUGUAUGGAGCGCAUGAUGCGAAAUUCUAUAAAUAUUUGGAUGAGUUGAAAGAGAGGUACGAAUAUUUACAGAUGCGCGGAAGCAGCGCCUCGAUGAAUGGGUAUGUGUGUGAGGAGGAAAAGUUGGGUGGAAGCCAAGGAGGUUUCUACGUUUCGGAACGAGAAAAGCGGAUCAGGGCAGUUUCUAAGGUUAAAUACAUAGGUGAAAGCAAAAAGCUAGGUGGUGGGGGUAUCCAAAAAGCUGGUAAUGGUGCCAGGAGCAAAAUGAGUAUAAGGGAAUUGAUGUUAGAAGCUGCUGAACGAAGAGCUAGGGAUUCCAAGUGGUGUCCAUCAGAGAGAAGAGAGAAGGAAGCUGAACCUGAUGACGAAGAAUUGGAUAUAGUCCCCGUGCUAGAUGAUGAAAUUAGUGAACUACCUGGUGGCUUAAGAAAAGAAUUCGUAGAUAUCGUAGAUUUGACCAGUGAAAUGGAUGAAACUCCACAAGAGAUCGUAGUAAUUGACGCAUCUGAGGAGGGGAAGAAGCUAGAAACUAGUGAAAUGAAACCCAUUUUGAAGAGGCUGAACCUGGGAAACAAAUCUGGAGAAAGCCGGCUGGUUUCAUUUGGAUUACUACCAUCAUUGGAGGAGGGCGAAUUCAAAGCAGAGAAGAGAAAUGUACACCAAGAUCACAAUAAUGGCCAAAUUUACUACGUAACUUCAACGUCACCUAGAAGUUUUUUUCAGGAAGGUGAAAAGUACCCCAGAAGGAAGCUAGUUGCAGAUUUGGACUUUAAUCAGAUUAUACAUUAUAGCCCCAAGGAGAAAAAUACUCCUUAUACUCCUCCACAGGCAAAAAGCUCAAAGGAAAUUCUCGAUAGAAAUGAGAAUGAUACCACGGCAACAAGCAACAUACCGCACCCUAAAGCUAAGAAAGGAGGAGCCGAUAAUACACAAAAGAAAUCAAAAGGCAAACUACAGAACGACGAGAAGGAUAAAGAGCUGGACUCACAUUCUAGAUCUGUAUUGCCAAGCCCGGUAGUAUCAAAACCUAAACGAGGAAAUGCGAAGAAACCAGAAUCACACCAUAAAGCUACUACAAAGAAGAAACCUGCAAAGCGGAAACUGGCCAAGGCAGAAGAAACGAAAUCGGAUCAACCCAGGAAAGUAGUUCGAUCUGUAGAAUUUAGCGAUUUACUUGACUGA